AUGCGCAAUAUUCUAGGCAGCAUCAAACGCAAAGUCUCGACCAGCAGUGGAGGAGGCACCCAGCAAAACUCACGCGCCUAUCCCACAAUCCAAGAUCCUUACAGCACACCCUCAAGAACAGAAACCAUGAAGAGCCAAUACUCAGCACCAGCUCCCAUACCUUUGGAUCAAGGCACCGCACCUCCAGCCUACUCACCAGUCUCCAACGCCGCCCCCAUCCCCUCCAUCGCAAUCUCAUCACCACAAUCCCAAACAGCAGAUGACCCCUACGCCUUCCUCAGCACCUUCGACACAAUCUUCUUGAUUGAUGAUUCAGGCUCCAUGGCAGGAAGUCGUUGGCGCGAAACCCAAGAAGCGCUGGAAUCCAUCACACCAAUAUGUGUCUCUCACGACGCAGAUGGAAUCGACAUUAUCUUCCUCAACAACCCAGCCAGUCCGUAUCACAAAAACGUCACUUCAGCAGCCACCGUCCGAGAGAUCUUUUCUAGUGUGAGACCGAGGGGUGGUACACCUACUGGCCAACGUCUCGAUUCAAUCCUCAGACCGUACGUUCGUGAAUGUGAGCAACGAGGUCCAGAAGUUGUCAAACCGCUGAAUCUGAUUGUUAUCACUGAUGGCGAGCCCAGUGAUGAUGUGGAAGCCCCACUCAUCAGCUGUGCAAAGAAACUCGACAAACUCGAUGCGCCGGCUUGGCAAGUCGGGAUCCAGUUUUUCCAGGUCGGUCGGGAUGAAGGUGCGCGUGCGCAUUUGCGUGCGCUGGAUGAUGAGUUGGCCGAGAUUGCGGGGGUGGAGUUGAGGGAUAUGGUUGAUACGGUGCCAUUCAAAGGUGCGGAUGGCGAACACCUUACUGCUGAUGGUAUUCUCAAGGUUGUGUUGGGAGCUGUAAACAGAAGACUGGACAGAAAGAGGAGUCAAGAUCUUCACCGUUGA